CAACGAUGACCUGAGAGGAUCUUCUGGUUUGUUAGUCAUUGCCGGCUGGGGGAUUCCAUGUGUCGUUACUGCUGUUUUACUCUGCUCUGGUCAGAAAAUCCCCAACACCAUUGAUCCGCUUUACUUCUAUGGGAAAGAACAGAUAAUUUGCACCACGCUGGUCGUCAGCUUCAGCAUACUUCUUGGAGGAAGCUCUCUUGUGUGUCUCAGUAGGGGAAGCUGGGCCCAAAAUGAGCAGGAUGAAGAGGGAAAUUCUGUGCCUGACUCCAUGGAGGAUCAAGUGAUUGAAGUCGAAGCGGAAAACCAGAAUCUGAUUGAACCAGCAGCCCCAUCGGGAGGAGUCAGAGAGUGCGUCGGAUGUGACUGUUCUCCACCCCCACCCAUGCCAGACAUGAUCAUCAAUGCGAACGGCACCACAAACGCAGUUGAGUGUGAGAACUGCUGCGAGUCAACAGACUGUCUUCUGGGUAAAAUGGAGGAGCUCCAGCAGGUUGGAGAUAAACAAGUGGUCCGCCAUGUGCUCCUGUGUUUGCUUCUGACUGUGAACCUGCUUGCUAACUUUUCCAGCUCCAUGUGGCUGCUCUGUAACCACGCUCCAGGGAGGCUCUACUUGGAGUUGCUGUUCUUCUGUGCAAUAGUCAAUUACGUUCAGGGAUUUCUCUCCUUUGCCAUGUUUGGGUUGGACAAGCAUUUAAUUUUACUCCCAUUUAAGAGGUUUUUCACUCAAUGGUUUGUGAAGAAGCCGAAACAGCAGCUGGAUUUACCUGAUGACAUCAGGAUGAUCUGCAGCCAGUUCACCAAAUACCACAAGCAACAGUGCUGCUGUGACAUCGUUAAGAAUCGGAGGUGUGGGAGGAAAACAGUGGUGAGGUGUUUUCUUGGCUGUGAGCUGGUGGAUUGGCUGCUGCAGGUGGGCUUGGCUCAGGACCGCGGGGAAGCUGUGCUCUACGGGACACAGCUACAGCAGGGAGGCGUGCUUCAGCACAUCAAGGAUGAAUACAGCUUCCAAGACAGUCAGCUGUACUUUUACUUCCUUUCAUGAAACCAAAGUAAAAACCAAUGUUUCUUUCAUCACAGAAAGCUUAGCAUUUCAUUAAACUAGGCAGCUCCGCCCUGUCCAUGUUACAUCAUA